AUGGCUUCUAAAGCGACAAGACUGCCAGAACUGACGCGCACCGCCCGCAGUGAGCAAAAGAUUGACCGGAUAGAAACCAGCCUGGGCAGCAUCGAGCGGCUGCUCAAGCGUCGCGAGAGCCAGCGCUCGCCCGGCAACCAUGGCAUCGGCGGCGGCGGCGGCAGCGUCGCCUCGCCCAACACGAGCGUUACAAUCUCCGACUCGUCGGCCAUCAACACGCCCGCCAACAUUGACUUGACCGAGCCCGAGCCCGACCAGGGCCUCAACGUCCAGACCGACAUCACCGUCGCGCUGCUCAAGCAGGCCGUCCGCAGCACCACCCUCUACGGCGUCGACGCCAAGAUGGGCGCCGCCCUCGGCAGCCUCUACGACUUGCUCGGCAAGCGCCACCUCCAGAAUCCCGCCGGCACCGACAGUGGCGAGACCCUGGCGUCGCCGUUUCCAAUGCAGAAACCCGUGCCGCCCGGCGGCGUCGGCAAGCUGGAGAUGCCGCCGCUGCAGGUGGCGCUCACUGCGCUUGACAGACUAACUUGUGACCCCCCAACGCUGAUUAUGAUGCUUGUAGCCUCGAUAGGUUUGGAUGACGUUGCCGAGGUCAUAAAGCGAGAAUACGAGCAUCUCGAUAACAUAUCUAGCAUCAAAUUCGUCCUCAUUAGCUCAUUGUUAUACUACGUCUUUGAAGAAAUGAGCAUGCUGGGCGUCUCGCCGGAGUUGCUCGCGGAAUACAAAGCCCAUGCCGAGCUCUGCCGAGCAAACGUUGAUACCGGCUUGGCCAACCUGCCGCUGCUGUUAUCAUCGACGGCGGAAAACGUGCAAGCGCUCUUAUUAGGAACAUUUGUCUCUAUUGACGAGUCGCGACCGGCCGUGGCAUGGCAGCUGUGCACCACGGCCGCGCAGCUGUGCAUCGCCGCCGGCUUCCACAGCGUGGCGGCGUCGGCGCACAAGUCCGCCGACGCGGUGCGACUCGAGCGCAUCCUCUUCUGGAACGUCUACAUUAUCGACAAGGCGCUGUGCCUGCGGCUCAACCGCGGCUCCUGCAUCCCCGAGUACGACAUUGACAUUCCGCCCGAGUUUAGCUUCCGCUACACCGCGGCCGACACGCAUUGCAUGACCAAGUUUUGGGUGCGCGCCAGCGUCGCGCAGGGCCGCAUCUACGAGCGGCUGUACUCGCCCAAGGGCCGCGCCGCGCCGCCCGCCGUGCGCGUCGCCGACGCGAUGGAGCUGGCCGCCGAGUGCCGCCACCUGCUGCGCGAGGCCGAGACGCACCAGGAGCAGUAUCCGGACAAUGAGGACGCGCCGAUCCUGACGGAGAUUUUUCGCAUCGGCGAGGAGAUUCAGCUGUCGGUCAACCUGACGCUCGUGUACCAGGCCGUGUCGGCGCUCGACGGCCAGGACCUGUUUAAGAAUGAGUGCGUCGAGGCGGCGCGCAGGGCGAUGCGCACGCACAAGCGCUCGAUGCACCUGAUGCGCAUGGGGCCGUACGCCAGGUCGAGCUAUAUUAAUUGGACGAUUCUCCACACGCCGUUUGCGCCCUUUUUCGUUAUUCUCCGCCACGUUCUCGAGACGCUGUCCAUCGACGACCUCGUGCUCCUGCAAGAGUUUAUCGAGUCGCUCAGCCACGCGCUCGACGUCUCGAAGCGCCUGAAGCGCUUCCACCAGCUGUGCCACGUCAUGUGCGAGGUCGCCGGCCUCUUUGUCGGCGUCAAGCUCAAGCUCAACAACAGCAGCGUCACUGUGCCCGAGAUGCCGCAGGCGCUCGACAACGUCAACGAUUUGCUGCAGCAGCAGUUUACCAUUGGCGUGCAGCAGCAGCAGCAGCAGCAGCAGCAGCAACCGCCGCCGCAGGCGCAGGGCUACCCGCAGGCGCUGGAGAAGCAGCAGAUGCUGGAAGCGGGGACGAGCAGCGGCGGCGGCGGUGGUGGUGGCUUUCAGCAGCAGGGCCUGGGGACCGUGCUGCCGCUGACGGAGGAGGUGACGGGGACGGGAACGGACGCGUCGUUGUCAGCGCUGCCGGAAGACUGGGACCCGGCGGUGCUGGGAACAAUGGACUGGACGGCGGGGUAUGAGAAUAUAUUAAACCUGAUGCAGGACGAGCUGCAGAUUCUGGAAAAUUACCCCAACGCGGGGCUGUUUUAG